GCGCUUAUUUGAACUCAUCACACGUGGGACUUAUGUAUUCCAUCGUCCUUCCCACAUAUAAUGAGAAGGAUAAUUUACCUAUAGUAGUCUGGCUCAUUGACAAAUAUAUGAAAGAAAGUGGUUAUGCUUAUGAAAUUAUUAUUGUCGACGAUAAUAGUCCAGAUGGCACGCAAGAAGCUGCUAAAAUGUUGCAAAAAAUUUUUGGAAACGAUAAAAUAAUAAUCAAACCCAGGGCUUCCAAAUUAGGUUUGGGCACAGCUUACCUUUACGGGCUAAAAUUUUCUAGAGGUGAAUUCGUCAUCAUUAUGGACGCUGAUUUGUCGCAUAAUCCUAAAUUUAUUCCUGAAUUCAUCAAGUAA